CCUUUGUUUGAAGAUCUCAAACAGGUUAACAUUCACAUAGUGAUGCAUAAGGAAAAAACUGGGUGGAGUUUAUUUAAAACACAGGACACACCCAGAUACCCUGACACCUGUUUUCUUCUGCUACAUGGUGAACAUUAUUAUGGUAUUUUGGAUGUGAAAAAGGUGUUUCGCAUGAGAAAUUAUUGCGAUCUUUGUCAGACGUUGUACAGCCAUAGCCAGACGUGCAGGUUCCAAUGUCAUCUUUGCCUGAGCCCAAACUGCUCUGAAAACAUGGGCAGGACACAGAGGUGCCCUAAUUGUAAGCUGUUCUGUCAUUCCAAAGAGUGUUUAGAAAGGCACGUGGCCCUGGCCUCUGAAAAACGGAUUGAAUAUCUGACUAAAACUCUGUGCGAUGAGUGUAAAUCUUAUGAGGACAAAAAGCAAGAGUGCAAGGGGUGGCAGUGCAAACAGUGUUAUGGGAAAAUCACAGGUGUAAACAAACACUGGUGCUUUAUGCGCCAAAUUAAAGAGCCUGAAGAAGGCAAGGGGUACACUUUUUAUGAUUCUGAAUGUGUGCAGGAGAUGGGGAUGCGUUUGCCCAACUACAUUUUUGCAAUGGAGCUAAAGACAGGGGAAAAAAAACACAGAAAGAUGCAGGCAAAAACCCCAAAAAGGCUUGUGAAGCUAAGCCCAAAAAGCCAGAAAGCACUUGGGAGUUUAAGGGCGAAGAGUGCCUGUCUGAUUUUAUUAAGGUCUUUAUGGAUAAAAAGUUCAAGGACUACACCUUCAUAGCUCACAACGCCAAAGGCUAUGAUGGUUACUUCAUUGUCAGCCAGUUAUUGAAGGAAAAAAUGGAAGUGAAACUAAUCA